GCUUUUGUGAAGCAACUCUCAUUAUACAUUAUCACGGGUGAGAAAUUUAGAGACAUAAUAUUCAAUGACACCCUUUGGCAAGACAUGCUGCCUUUAGCAAUGUUUCAUCCCUAUAAUACGUGGUGGCAAAGAGAAAGCCCGCAAGAUGAAAUAAGCACUAUCUUCGACGGAAAGUACAACAGCUUGCAGAAUAACUUCCACCCUCUGAGUAGCUUAGCUUCUCUUGCACCUCGCUACUAUAUAGUCAUGGCAUCAAAUCCUAAUAAGAAAUAUGAGUCUCCAGCCAGCACCUGUACAACUGAAGGAUCCUCAGCUUCAUCAACACCAUCAUCUCCGGUAAAUCCUAAUAAUACACAACCACCUUCAAACAAUGCACCAAAAUAUGGAACAUUGGUGCCAAAUCGCAUUUUUGUUGGAGGGAUUUCAGGAAAUACUACAGAGACUGAGCUUGCCCAGCUGUUUUCAGCAUAUGGCAAUGUUAAAGCCACAAAAGUUAUUAGUGAUCGUGCUGGAGUAUCUAAAGGUUAUGGCUUUGUAACUUUUGAAACGGAAGAGGAAGCUAAGCGAUUAAUGCAAGAAUCGGAAAGUAUUGUAUUAAAGGAACGAAAACUUAACAUUGCUCCAGCUAUUAAGAAACAGCCAUUUAAUCGUUCAUACGAAGUGACUUCCCCACCUGCUGUGCCAGGUAAUACUAUUUAUUAUCAAAAUGGUAUGCCAUAUACGUUUCACAAUGGUAUGGCGUAUUUUGCUCCAACCACUCCACCUCACCCUACUGCAAACACUCCAAUGGGUGGUGCAGGAGACCCUAGUGCCAUGUAUCAAACUGCAUACGUUUCACCAGCACCUACUACUAGUCCUGCUGCUGCCGCGGCUGCUGCAGCAGCUGCUGCUGCGUAUCCACUAAUUUAUCCCUGUGCACAACCUGUGUUCAUGUCGCAACAGUAUCCCUUCCAGACAAUGCCAAAGGGAGGUGAAGUCUUUAUGGUGUUUCUUGUGGUGCUGGCAGUCUGGGGUUGGGCUGGUACCAGAGGGUGCAGUUCCUCUGCCUUACCUGGCCCCAGUCAUGGAUCGGCUGUAUUGAGUCCCAGUGCAGGGGCACCCCAGGCCAGUUUGUUUUUGUGGAAUGCAAAUGAGAUGCAGCUGUUUAAUAAGGUUUCAGGUGCUAUCACCCAAUCAAAUGCUCUUACUACCCAUUCAGAUGCUCUGGCAGUUAAAGCACAGUGGUGGGUUGCACUUACUACGCUGUCCAAAGAACACACAGCAGUAGAGGUUAAACAGUCAAGUUUUAAAGUUCUAUUCAUGUUACGAGCACCACCAGCACAAAACUCUCAGUACGUUUACACAGCCACAUCAUCGUCAAAUGGUGCUUCUGGGGGUGGGGCGCCCCCUCCUGGGACUCCUCUGACUCCAAUGCCUCCUCAGCACUUCUACAGCCCCAGCCCAAUGAAUCCACCCGAACUAUUUUACAAUGUCACCCCUGUGGCUGCAGGACAGUCUUAUGGGCCUAUGAUGACUUCUUCACCCGAUGGCGUACUUUACGAUACGCUACCCACUAAUGUAGAAGCUUCAAACAACCCAUCUACUGACGAAGGGUCUUCCAACACAAGUGGCUCGGAUUUACAACGCAAUGGAGGGAAUAACAAAGGCAACCAAGAUCCUCCAAAUGUCAAUGGGGUAGUUCACCCAGACAAAACAAAUUCAGGUCAUGGUGUAGGUUCUAGCACCAAUCAACCUGGAUCAGCCCCUUCAGCAGGCCGCCAGAACAAUGAUACGCCACCUGUAGUAUCACUUCUUAAACUGCAACAGCAGGAUGAACCAGAUGGAGAGCAACCUCCCCGCAGUGCCAGUGUCCCAUAUGCUAUGACUCCUCCUCCCGCUCCUCCUACUUCUUCUUCCCUUCCACCGUUCCAGCCUUCAGGUCCUGGUCCAAAUGCUACUGUGAUGCCUCUUAUGUAUCACCCGAUGGUUCCUGUUGGUAAUCCUUCUCUUGGUUCCCCUCUGUAUAUGAAUCAACAUAUUAAUUAUCCUCCAUUUAUGAAUCCUAUUCCACCAAUGUAUGGGGAUCAGUUCCGUCCCUUAAUGACUAAUGGUGGUAUGCCACUUCAUGUUCGGAAUGAUAAGCGAAGUUCUGGCAUGCCCAACCAUUCAUCCAAGUAUCAAUUUGUAAACAAUAAUAAUCCUUUGGCUCCAGACAAUAACGAUAAAAAUGGCUCAGCAUUUCCUUUGCCAUAUCAGAAACGAUCGUAUACCAGGAAUGGACCCGGAAAUUACUUUAGAGAGAGCCCAAGGUUUAAUUCACAGGCAACACGCUUUCCUAUUAAUGGCCCUAAUAGCAAUGUUCGUAAUCCUAUGGCUGGCCGUUUUCCAGUGGGGCCUGCAGCAAUGAAUAAGAGGAGAAAUGCUGCUGGAAGUCACCCUUCCCCUGCUAGCCGCUCUCCUCCUCCUCCUGUUCCUUAUACUCAGCUAAGUUGUCAAAUUCCUGAGAUGGCUCAUUCUGUUUCCCCUCAGUACCAUCCUGGUGCCCGCCACAUCUAUUACCAGCCUUGCAACUCCACCAAUUCAAACAGCCCUCCUCCUAAUGUGGGCAGCAGCGGAGCGGGUGCUGGCAUUGGCGGAGCUGCAAGUGGGCCAUCCGCCCAAAGGCGGUAUGUGGGAAAUGGCCGCAAGUCCUCUUCAAUUCAGUGCAACCGGCCAGGUGGUAACAGCACCAGUGCUGCUGGUGGUAAAUACUCGAGAGUGAGUGUGAAUGGUGUCCAGGCUCUGAACUCUGCUAAAGUGGUGGCAGGUAUGGACAAGGGUGGAGCUGGUGAUGCUUCGUCUCUUAUGCCAAUGACAGCACCCAGUACACCUUGUGUUACGGAUAACACAGAUGCUGCUGUGCAAGAAGCCUGUCAAGAAAUACAGGCUCUUGCCCUGUAAGACAACCCUCUUCAAUAACCUUAUAUGUUCACAUUUAAUUUAUUUUCCAUGUUUAUUUCAUCAUGCACUAGAUCAAUCAUCUCAUAUUACAUACCUUGUAAUUUAAUUUAAAUAUGUUGGAAAAACAUACUUAAUUUACUUGUAAGUUUUCUUACUGUUGUUAAAUUUUGGUAUAGCGUUUCAAAAUUAGUCACUGUUGCCUAGAAUGUCCAAUAAAAAUGUUUACUUUUGGGUGGUGAAUUUACUCUAGUACUUGGUGCUCUUUCAUAUAAACUUGCAAGAGGAAGCAUAUGAUCCCAUGUUUAUUGCAAUGAUCUCAGUUACUGUAGGGGAUAACCUAUUGCUUUCCUUUUUGAGGUGUUAUAAUUUCAUUAAUACUUAGAACGGGAAUAGCAAAGGAUUGCUAUACUUAAUACUUUAGAGUCUAUGAGCCUGUUCACCACCUGGAAGUUCUUUUUUUUUGUUUGUAGCAUUAGAUUAAUCUUAGUUUUAAAUCUAAUAAAGUAAGUUUGUUCUUGGCAAGUGUCCACCCACCAAAGUGUUUACUGUGUUACUCUUAUUAUCUUUUCAAUCUUCAUUUGUGCAAAAAUUUUUGUUUGUUUUGGCUUCCAUUGUGCACAGGUGUGUAGCGAAUUAUACACCAUGAUAAAAAAAGAAAAAACAAAUGGAGAAGAACAGAGAAACAAUACACAGUGUUGAUGUGGCAGCUGACAGGAAACUUUCAGUGUGUGGGGAUUUGGAUCUUACCAACAUCUGUGCCCAAAUGUGUAAAGCUUGAUUGCAUGUGUUUCCAAAACUUUGGAACCGUAAUUUAUGUGAUUUUUUUAUGUAGAUGAGUGUGCGAGUGUUUUGAAAAGACAGUCGAAAUCCAUUGUGUUCACUAAGAUGUCUCAGUUUUUAAAAAAUGGACACAAUCCCUUCAGUGAAUGAAUCCAUACACAGAAGUGUGUAGAUAGGAUAUAGUGUUCCAUUGCUAAUGUCAAAUAUGGAUUUAUUAGUGAAAGGCUUCCUAAAAGCUUUGUUUUAUGGAGAAACUUUUCUAAAUAACAAGUUAUUAAACACACAUACAGGCAAUUGUAACCACAGUGAUGGGCUGCAGUUUGUUCCCAUUAAGUAUACUUAAAAUUUCUAUGUCUUCACCACUUCAUUUUGUAUGUGUGUGGUUGUACAUGGUCAACUUAUUUUCUACACCUGUGAAUCUUUCACAUUGGGAGUCCUUCCUCCCUUGUUGACAGUAAGGCCUAUUUUUGUGGUUAUCUCAUAGUGUGAAGAAUAUUCCAGUACUCAUAUUGAGAUUGGAUAGAGUAGCUUUGUUGUACAGUAGAAGUCAUAGAAAUUAUUCAUCUGUGAUAUAUUUUGAUGGACAUUAUUCUAGAUGUAUUGCAGUAAGCCAUAAUAAUGAUCUCCCUAAUAUACAUUAUUAGAAUUUUUUAAAAGAAAUAGUACAAAUGCCAUGACUUAUUUGAGCUCAGUUCAUUUAUUGAAAUGAGGAAAGUUAUGGUAACUUUUGUUUAAAUUUUUGAAUUCUUUAAGGACGAAUUGGUGACUAGUUGUAAAGAUAAGAUUAUUAUAUACUUGUAAGAUGUGUAUUGUCUUCAAAUUUCUGUCCUAUGAAGUGAGGUAAUAUUUCUUCUGUUACCAAACUAAUCAUUAAAUUUUGAGUCUUUGUUAUGGAUUUUCUGCUAUUUUGACAGUAUGAAUC